AUUUUUCUUAGGGUUUAUCAGCCAUGCCCGUUCUUCCCAUCGCUAUAUAUGCUGAAUGCUUAGCCGUCAGAAAUCCCGAUAGAGUCGUGGAGUUCCUCUUUGUUCUGGGAGGAAAAUAUUUUAGUUGGACUGUGGAAAAAACAGACUUUCAAAUAUGAGUAAGCUUCAGAGUGAUGCUGUAAGAGAGGCUAUCUCCACCCUCUUCAACGGAUCCAAAGAUAAGAAGCGUAAUUUCACCGAGACCAUUGAACUCCAGAUUGGGCUGAAAAAUUAUGAUCCCCAGAAGGAUAAGCGAUUCAGUGGUUCUGUUAAGUUGCCACACAUCCCUCGUCCCAAGAUGAAAGUCUGCAUGCUUGGAGAUGCCCAACAUGUUGAAGAGGCCGAGAAGAUUGGUCUAGAUUAUAUGGAUGUUGAAGCAUUGAAAAAGCUUAACAAAAACAAGAAGUUGGUUAAGAAACUUGCCAAGAAAUACCAUGCCUUUUUAGCAUCAGAAGCUGUCAUUAAGCAGAUCCCUCGUCUUUUGGGCCCUGGCCUCAACAAGGCAGGCAAGUUCCCAACGCUUGUUACUCAUCAAGAAUCAAUCGAGUCCAAAGUUAAUGAGACGAAAGCUAUGGUUAAGUUCCAAUUGAAGAAGGUUCUUUGCAUGGGAGUUGCUGUUGGGAAUGUUGCAAUGGAGGAGAAGCAGGUCUUCCAAAAUGUUCAAAUGAGUGUUAAUUUUCUUGUUUCAUUGUUGAAAAAGAACUGGCAAAAUGUGAGGAGUUUGUCGCUUAAGACUACCAUGGGGAAGCCAGUACGCGUAUACUGAGUUCUUGGCAAGGGAGUUUUGUAGGAAAAGCUUAUGCGAGCUGUAAUACUACUACUUGCAAGUAAUAUUUUUUUUUUUCAAAUGGUCAAGGUUUCUUGUUGGUUGGCUGUUACCUUCCUCUGUUCUUCGGAUAGGUAGAUAACAUAUGGUCUUAAAUUUGUUUUGUUGAACUUAUGAUGCAUUGUUGAAUGUUUUCUUGAA